UCUUCUCUUUUUUUGAUAGAGGUGAGAAACAGAAAAAGAGUGAGAGGGAACCAGGAGAAACCCCUCAGCGCUGCUCCACUGCUCAUAAAAUCUCCCUCCUCAGCUGAGGGCAGGGGCUUGAUCCAGGGAUUUCAGGCAUGGUGUAGACACGUGCGACCGUCCACACUGUGGGCUCCCGAUUCCACUGCCCUGGGACUUUCUCCAGCGUGACCAUGCCACCACCCGCAGACAUCGUCAAGGUGGCCAUAGAGUGGCCUGGAGCCUACCCCAAACUCAUGGAGAUCGAUCAGAAAAAGCCACUGUCUGCAAUAAUAAAGGAAGUCUGUGACGGGUGGUCUCUUGCCAAUCAUGAAUAUUUUGCUCUUCAGCAUGCCGACAGUUCAAACUUCUAUAUCACGGAAAAGAAUCGAAAUGAAAUAAAAAAUGGCACUAUUUUGCGACUAACCACAUCUCCAGCUCAGAAUGCCCAGCAACUUCAUGAGCGGGUCCAGUCCUCCAGUAUGGAUGCCAAGCUAGAGGCCCUGAAGGACUUGGCCAGUCUCUCCCGAGAUGUCACGUUUGCACAGGAGUUUAUAAACCUGGAUGGCAUCUCCCUCCUCACGCAGAUGGUUGAAAGUGGCACUGAACGAUACCAGAAAUUGCAGAAGAUCAUGAAGCCUUGCUUUGGAGAUAUGCUGUCCUUCACCCUGACGGCCUUUGUGGAGCUGAUGGACCACGGCAUAGUGUCCUGGGAUACGUUCUCUGUGGCAUUCAUUAAGAAGAUAGCAAGUUUUGUGAACAAGUCAGCCAUAGACAUCUCAAUUCUGCAACGGUCCUUGGCCAUUUUGGAGUCCAUGGUACUCAACAGCCAUGAUCUCUACCAGAAGGUGGCACAGGAGAUCACUAUAGGCCAGCUCAUCCCACAUCUUCAAGGGUCAGACCAAGAAAUCCAGACCUAUACCAUCGCUGUCAUCAACGCACUGUUCCUGAAAGCCCCAGAUGAGAAGAGGCAGAAUGGUGUAGAGAGCUGUGUUGACAUCCUUGAUUGUCCUCUGACUGAGAUGGCAAAUAUUUUGGCUCAGAAACAACUGCGUUCUAUCAUUUUAACCCACGUGAUCCGAGCUCAGCGGGCCAUCAACAAUGAAAUGGCACACCAGCUCUACGUGCUUCAAGUGCUUACCUUCAACCUCCUGGAAGACAGGAUGAUGACGAAGAUGGACCCCCAGGACCAGGCUCAGAGGGACAUUAUAUUUGAACUUCGAAGAAUUGCUUUUGAUGCAGAGUCUGAACCUAAUAACAGCAGUGGCAGCAUGGAGAAGCGCAAGUCCAUGUACACACGGGAUUAUAAGAAACUUGGCUUCAUUGUAAGUAAACUGUCUUCAGUAAGCUCUCCCCUUCCAACAUCCGCGGGCCUGACCUCAGCCACAGAACUGUUGUCCUCUCUGAGCGUGGGGUCCCCUUGUGUCUCACAGGAUAGUUGCCACAUCUCCCAGAUGUUUAGCUGGUUUGAACAGCAUCACAUGGAUCUCUCUUCUGGCUGCCGUGCCGUGGAAUAAGUUGCACAAGUGUGACUAAUACUGAGUCUGUUUAUUCAAUUCUGAUUUAAGUCUAACCGAGUGAAGUUAGUCCGAAAUGCCUCUAGACUUCAUGCAAUCUGCCCCAAAGAUGCUUAUAGUUCUCUUUGGGUUAAAUGGAUGAUGGCAACUGUGGGUGAAUUUUAUUAUUGGGUUUGUAAUUGGAUUACUUACAUCCAUGGAUGUCAUGUC